GAUAGAACUACUUCAUUUCAACUUAAUUGAACUGUUAAUUAAAAACCUUUGGAAUGAAAAUCAAAUUAAAAUCAUAUCGUUUAUCAGUGCCAUCCAUUAAAAUAGUCAUCAACUUUUAGUAUUUCAGUUUAUUAUACCAAUAAAGAAAAAGAGCCGCUUCAAUCUAAAAUUAGAGGUUAUGUUUUCGUUUGCUUAACCAAAUUUCACUGAUUACCCAGGAUCUGAGAAAUACUAAAAUGUCAGAUUUUGAAAUGUAUUCUAGUCGGAAUAAUAAUUCCAAUCAUUCAGAGAGACCGUUAGGAAAAUACGAACAGAAGUUGAAUUAUGUAAAAACUCUCAUUCGAGAAUAUGUCCAUGAGAAUGCAGCUUUAGUGGAUGAAAUUGAUGAGAUGCAGGUAAAGAUUCUCAUUAAAAAGGAAGAAAGGAAGUUCCUUCUGAAGAAGUUGUGUGAAUUUGAGCCCUCAACAGCAAAUGAAGUACAAUCGUUGGCCAAAAAAACAGGAUCUUCAGUGCCAGAUGCACCAUCACCUGUAGUCGAGUCGAAAAAAGUAAAGAGAAAACAUUCAGGUUCAACAGAACCAUCAAAAAGUAGGGGGGAAUCUAAAUCUAGAUCUGACAGAAAAUCACACAGUCGAAGACCUUCUAAAAGCAAAAAAAGAGUAAUUCCUCCAAUUUCUUUAGAUAGUACUGGAAAACCUAUAUUCCCUAUUGAUUUAGGACGAUUAACUGUUCAUUCUCUUGGAGAAGUGAUACCAGAUAAAGCUCAAUUUCAUACUGAGGAAGUAAUAUUCCCAGUAGGAUAUGUAUCUACUAGAAUUUACGGCAGUUUGAAAGAUCCAACAGUGAAAUGUAUUUAUACCUGCAAAAUUUCUGAUGCAAAUGAUCUACCAAGAUUUGAAAUAGCAUCUGAUGACAACGUAUCACCUAUAGUUGGAGAUACUCCAGAUAUUUGCCACUCUCUCUUACUUCAAAGAAUAAACGAUGCCCUUUCUCUCAAUGUUGUGAGUACAAGACCAAGAGGAAAUGAGUUUUUUGGGUUGAAUCAUCCUAUCGUGUUAAAUCUCAUACAAAGUUGUUCUGGUACUAGAAAAUGUUCUAAUUAUAAGUGGAAUCGAUUCGAAGUGUCUAAAAGUUGUGACUUAAUCAUUGAUGAUAAUGACGCUGGUUUAAGUUAUGAAUAUCUUCAGAGGAGUAUCAACUUCUGUAAGUACAAAAUGGCACCAGACAUUCUACAAAAGCCUGAAGGUUUCGAAGAUAUCAGGAAAAAUAAACAAGAUUUGUAUUAUUAAUUUGAGUGCAAUCUAUUUAUAGAAUUCUCUAUUGUAAAUAAGGUUUUGUAGAUAUAAUUUUUAAUGUGAAUAACAAAAUGUAAAUAUUUGUCAUAAAUUAUGUAGGUAUUAAAUUCUUUUUAUUGAGU